CCCCAUUUCUCAGUCGCCCAGUCCUGCUCCCUCCAAAUAUUACUGUUUCUCCGAGUAGAGAUCAGGGAGCCCGAGGGAGACAGAGUAACUCUCUGGGAAGGGGCGCGAACUCCCAAAGCCACUAGCCUAAGACCCCGGGGGCCUGGCAGCCGCCUUCUCAGCCACGUGACCAUGACCGCAAUCCCAGACUGGAAGCUACAGUUACUAGCCCGGCGGCGGCAGGAGGAGGCAGUGGUUCGUGGCCGCGAGAAAGCAGAGCGGGAUCGCCUGUCCCAGAUGCCAGCUUGGAAGCGGGGAAUCUUGGAACGACGCAAAGCCAAGUUGGGCCUGCUUCCUGGAGAGGUGAGCCCUGUGCCUGGGAACGCAGAGGCCGGACCUCCAGACCCAGAUGAACCCGCUGUCCUCUUGGAGGCCAUUGGGCCAGUACAUCAGAACCGGUUCAUCCAACAAGAGCGGCAGCGGCAGCAGCAGCAGCAGCAGCAGCAGCAGCAGCGACAUGAGGUGCAUGGUGACAGGAGGCCUGGGCCUCUGGAGGCUCUAGACCGGAGAUCCAGUCCUGGUAACUUAAGAGAUCAGAGCCCUAAGGGGAAAGAGUCAAGAGAAGAGAGCCUAAGUCCCAAGGAGGCCAGAGAUAAGAGGCUGGGGAUAGGCGGAGCCCAAGAGUCAAGUUCCAGGACUUUGGAGGCCGGAGGGGACUGGAGACAGAGCCCAGCAGAGGCCAGAGACCUGACUUCAAGACCAGGAGCUCAGAAAUGGAGCCCUGGAGACACGUGGGAGGAGAGUCUGAGAUUAGCAGGCCCUGGAGACCACAGUCCCAAGAGAAAAGAGGUAUUGGAGAGCAGACUGAGCCCCGGGGAGUCUGGCAACCAGAAGGCCAGCCUGACAGAGGCCCAGAAAUGGGGUCUUGACUCUGGAGACCCCCAGAAACAGAGCUUGUCACAGCUGGAGGCCACAGAGUGGACGCUGAACUCAAGAGAAGAGAAAAGAGACUGCUUGGAGGAGCGUGGGAGAAAGGAAGAGAAACCGAGUUCAGGGAUUGUCCCAGACCAGUGUCCAGUGACAAAGGAGGACACCACCUCUAGGGAAGUGGCGACCCCUGAGCUGAGGCCCAGCCCCGAGGAGGAUGGAGACAGGAUCCCAAGGCCCACCGAAGGCUGGAAAUGGACCCUAAACUCUGGGAAGGCUCGAGAACGGAUCCCAUGGGACCCAGAGACGCAAACUCAGAAGGCAGAUCCUCCAGCCUCUCCAGAGAAGCACCUGGGGCCUUUUGCUGUGGAGGUUGAAGGGGAGGCUAGGAAGGAGGCGGGGGCUCAGAGCAGGCCUCUGAGAGCCCAGCAGAAGCUCUGCUCAGGGCCCUCCCCCCUCCCACCAGAGCACUCUGGGACGGAAGGCUCCAGACAGCAGGAAGAGGAAGCAGCAGCACCCCGGCCCCCAACACCAGCCCCUCUGUCUCCCCCACCCCCAACUGCCCCCCAAUCCUCUGGGGAUCCCCUCAUGAGCCGCCUGUUCUACGGGGUGAAGGCAGGACCGGGGGUGGGGGCCCCCCGCCGCAGCGGACACACCUUCACUGUCAACCCACGGAGGUGUGUGCCCCCUGCUAGCCCGGCCCCUCCAGUCACUGCUGCCACAGCUGACACUGCUGGGCCUGGGCCUGGGAAGAAGCGGUACCCAACAGCUGAGGAGAUCUUGGUGCUUGGGGGUUACCUGUGUCUUGGCCGCAGCUGCCUUGUCAAGGGGUCCCCUGAAAGACAUCACAAACAGCUCAAGAUCUCCUUCAGUGAGACCGCCCUGGAGACCACGUACCAAUACCCUUCCGAGAGCUCAGUACUGGAGGAUCUGGGCCCGGAGCCUGAGGCCCCCAGUGCUCCCAACCCCUUGGCGACCCAGCCUGACGACGACGAGGAGGAGGAAGAGGAGGACUUGCUCCUGCAGCCAGGGCUCCGCAGCGGGCUGCGCACCAAAGCCCUAAUCGUGGAUGAGUCCUGCCGGCGGUGACCAUCUUCCAGUUUGGGCACGUACCUCCGUCCUUCCUGUACCUGAAGAUUCUGGAGUCUGGAUGACUCAGAGCCAGCAGACCCUGGCCAUGAGCCAGGCAGGCAGGAGUAACGAGCAUCUUCCGACUUGCUUUUCCAUCCCGUUUCUGGGGCAGAGCCAGUAGCCUGAAUGUACCCCUAACCCAAGGUCCCUUGCGGGUGGGGCAUCCUUGGUGACGUAAGCGGGAGCAUCAGGGCCUUGGGUGGGGUGCAGGAUACACCCGGAACUGAGAUGGCUGGCGCAUCUCCCGCCCCGCCCGCAGCAGGGUACACCGUCCCCCACAGCCUUCCCUGACUCCCCGACACUCCUGGGGAUCCCACGCCGUUCACAAGCACCCUUUUCUAGGUCACUGCCCCUUUGUUUACAGCUUCCUUCUCCCUUGGUCACAGCCUGGUUUACACACCCACCAGCUCCCAGUCCCACCUGCCUAAGUCCCAGGUUUACAAGCUGUGCCU